CAGAAAUUAAUGAAGAUGACUUCAAAAUUGUCGAUCGGUGAAUGUGCUGGCGGUCAUCGCAUAGAGAAUCGUGAUAAAAACAGAGACGUUUCUAUAGUUCCUCCCGAUAAUUUUAGGCCGUAUUUAUCAUCGUUUCAGUGCAAUGAGAGUACGGAUUAUAUAAAUGCCGUGUUUGUCGAUGGCUACACGAGAUCUAAGGAAUAUAUAGUGACUGAAUGGCCAAUGAAUAAGACUGUAUCGGAUAUUUGGUCCCUUAUAUACGAUCACGACUGCAAUUCUGUUGUAAUACUCGGAGGAAUUCCCGCUAAUAAUAAAUCUUACCCACAAUUCUGGCCCAAAGAGAGCGUCAAAUGCAAGAAAUUUGGGCCAAUAUUCUCGGUGGAGACGAUGUCGAGUAAUAGCCCUCCGAGUAUCAACUCGUGGGUCUUUAAGAUCAAUAAAAAGGUGGCGUCGCUCACAGAACUCAUGGCCGGCAUUAAAGCCGAGCCUAAAGUGACGCAAGUGUUUGAGUUCACGGCGUGGCCUACGGGUCAUAAAGUACCAUCGUCAACUAAUGCUCUCGUCGAACUGAUCAACAUGGUUGAAAGGUGGCGACAACGUACCACUUAUGGACCCGUUCUCGUCAUCUCCGCAAAUAGCAAAUCACGAGUGGGAGUGUAUUGUGCGGCCAAUCUAGCCAUUGAACAGGUGGUCGCUCACGAAGAAGUGGACAUUUUUAAUGCCUCAUUAUCUCAACAAAACAUCGAUUAA